AUGUACGCCUUCGUUGGUUUCAUACGCCUGGAGAAUCUUCCUAACGCUUCAUCGUAUGUCGAAGUCCAGAUGAUGAUGCUUCAGACAUUCAAUGACGACUUGAAGAACAUUUUCAUGGAUAUACAAGUCAUGUCAGCAGAGGGAAACUACUACUUGGAUUCGGCAAGUAUGGUAGAGUUGGUGCCAGACCCGAACUGGAUGACCACUGCCGAGGCUAACAUUGACCUUUACCGAAAAGUCAAGCUUGAUUUUGUGAUUACGCAUUGGGAAGUUAAUAACGAAGAUUUACAUCAUCAGUUUUUGAAAGAUAACACUAAUGACGACGAUCUGACCAGUAAGCUGUUUCAGGACAUGUACAGUGCCGACCCUGAGCCAUCCCUCUUCCUCAACGACUACGCCGUCGUGAACGCACCACAAUAUACAACGGCUAUGAAAGAACAAGCGGGGGACUUUGUGAGACGAAGUGUGCCUAUCGGAGGUGUAGGAGCUCAGGGUCACUACAUAUCAGCAAGUGACAUAGAUGUCACCCAAAUUAAGUAUCGGUUGGACAAACUUGCUGAGGCCGGACUCCCGAUCUGGAUAACGGAGUUGUCCAUCACGGAGGCAGACAUCACAGCCAAGACUACCGCUCUAGAGGAAGCUCUGACUAUGCUAUUCAGCCACGAGAAGGUAGAGGGGGUGUUGCUAUGGGGAUUUUGGACUGGAGCAAUCAACGAUGCCAACAACGCCCUGGCUACUGGAUCUUCUAAUUCGAUUACUUUGAACACCGCAGGAAAUAAGUACAUUGAGCUUGUGAACACACAAUGGAGGACAAACUGGACCAAACCCCUCGCGUCUCUGAGCCAAGAACUUUGUUUCAAGGGAGACUACACAGUGCAUGUGAAGCAGAACGGAGUGACAAAGGGAUCUCACAACAUCUCGCUCACACAGGAUAGCACCACAGGACGUAUGGCGUCAUUACUACUCCAUCUCCUCCUUACGGGGACUUACAUAGUGGGAGUGGUUGGUACUAACUUACUAGGGAACGGAGACCUGGAGGCAGCUACCCUAGGGACCUUCUGGAGUAAGUCGGGAUGUUCCUGGGCCAUAAGCACCUCGGAGGAACAUGGUGGAUCUCAGAGUGUUCAUGUCACCAGCAGGACGGCAAAGUGGGCUGGCCUUGGAUACGUACUUGGACUAAGUGAUGGCAUAGCUUCCGGAAAAAUUUAUGCAUUUUCCGGAUACAUUAAGUUAGAGAACCUCGCUUCAGGAUUUUCUUACCAUAAUGUACAAGUGACAGUCAGACAAACUUUUAAAGACGACAGUGUGCUGUACAAGGGAUUGAGCUGGCAGCCCCGUGUCCAACCAGGAUCCUGGGUAGAAAUAGGUGGGGACUUCAAACUCCCCAGUGAUAUAAAAGAAAUUAAGAUUUACAUACAGAUCGAACAAAAGGACGUUAACUACUUCUUUGAUGACGGAAGUCUUGUAGAGCUCAUUCCGGAUCCUGAUUGGAGGGCGACAGCUGAGAACAACAUUGACCUCAACCGAAAGGUCAAACUAGAUAUUAUAACUCGUAAAGUGAAAAGAGUUUCUCUCAAGGAUUUCACCAUAGAGGUUGAACAAAGACGCAGUGAGUUUGGACACGGCACUGCUGUCAAAGCCAGUUUGUGGACAGACGCGGCCUACAAUUUCUACAGAGACUUUGUUUACAAUACGCUUAAGUCGGAGUGGGCCGUCAUAGAGAACGCCCUCAAGUGGAGGGGCAUGGAGUGGAACAAGGGGGAUUUAAAAUUUGAUGACGCAAAUGCAACUAUAGAUGACCUAUUAAGUAACGGGGUAUCUGUCCGUGGUCACAACGUGUUUUGGGGCGUGGAAAAGUGGGUCCCAAGCUGGGUACAGAGCAUCACAGACAAGGACGUGAUGACGCAAACCAUACAGGACAGGAUCUCCCAAACUAGCAAUCUCACCAAAGGGAGACUUGCUCACUGGGAUGUCAACAACGAGGCCCUACACGACGACUUCUACGAGAGGAAGACCGAGAACGUCAACAUCACCAUGGAUAUGUUCAGGCAGAUGAAUACAGCCGAGCCGGACACACAACUCUUUCUAAAUGAUUUCGCUGUGGUUAACAACGCCCCUUACACAACGGCCAUUACAAGCCAAGCCAAGAGUUUCUUGGCCGCCCAGGUUCCAGUCCACGGAGUGGGAGUACAGAGCCACCUACCGUCAAGUGAUAUUGACAUCACUCAGCUAAAAUAUCGACUGGACAAGAUUGCAGAAGCUGGUCUACCCAUCUGGGUCACAGAGAUGUCUGUAACCGACACUAACGUCACUGCUAAAGCACAGGCGAUCGAGGACGCCCUCACCCUGUACUUUAGCCACGAGAAGGUGAAGGGCGUGCUGCUGUGGGGGUUCUGGUCAAAGGCCAUCUACGAAAUUGACAAUACCUUGGCGACAGGAGAAAACUCUAUAACAUUGAAUGAAGCUGGCCAAAGGUACGUAGAUCUGGUGAACACUGCCUGGAGAACUAACUGGACAGGCAAGUUAAAAACCUACAAGAACAAGAGGUAUUUCAAGGGAGACUACUCCAUCAAAGUCAAGAAAAAUGGAGCUACAUUGGAAACCAUUGACUUAAACCUUGCCAAAAACCGGAAGUUGACAUUGAAAAUAAAGGGAUCAACCAAGUCUCCCAGGAUAAUAGUGAAGAUCCGCUGAGGAUUCGUUUCAUCCGUAACAGAAACGGAAUCCUACUAUUUGUAACAAAAGUUAUUAAAUAACUAAAGACAA